AUGGCGGAUCCCUCGCUGAUCAAGGAGAUCAAGCAGGCGUUGUCAAUUCCUAUAAUGGCGAAGGCGCGCGUCGGCCAUUUCGUGGAGGCGCAGAUUCUGGAGCAGAUUGGGGUCGAUUACAUCGACGAGAGCGAGGAAUUGAGGAUCGCCGACGAGAAUCACUUCAUGAACAAGCACAAUUUCGGAGUGAAGUUUGUGUGCGGCUGCCGCGAUUUGGGGGAGGCGCUGCGGUGGGUAAGAGAGGGCUCCGCCAUGAUCCGGACGCAGGGGGAAAUCAAGGGGUUUGGGGAAUUGUUCGUUAUACCUGAAUGUUCUCCGGAAUUGAAGCCGGUUGUCGGUCAGAAGUUCCAAACACUAGAUUUUGGUUUCGCCUUUUACGACGUGUAUGCCCGGGCUGUUGGUUUUGGUACAUUAUAUGCACAGUAA